CAGCUCCGCACUGCUAGCGCAGAGGCCAUCAGUCAGCGUGCGAAAUUGACGCAUGACAGCGGACGUGGGAAAUGGGAGCCGGCGCAGCUCUUAUAGUCGAGCUCGACUGCCUCUUUCCAUAUGGACACGGCGAAAUGGCCUGCCGCCAGAUACCCAACACUUUGUCGAGUCAAGCCAACGCCCCAUUUUCACCAUGCCAAUCGACUUCCACCUCAGCCCAGCGGAACAGGAAACCCGCGCCGCCGCCGCGGCCUUUGCCCAAUCAGUCCUGAAGCAGUCACGGGCGGCGUACGAAGGGCAGACGGGACACGCCAAGCGCUUCCAGGCAACGCGGCCCGCGUACGAGGCGGCGGCGGCCGGCGGGCUGAUCAAAGGCCUGGUGGCAGGGCCGCUGGGCGGGAGCGGCGGCUCGCUCGUCGAGAGCGCCAUCAUGGUGGAAGAGUGUUACGCAGUCGAGCCGUCGGCGGCGCUGACCCUGUUCGCGACGGGGCUGGGCCUCAGCCCGCUCAACGCCCUCCUAUCCGCCGAGGGGGCCGGGGAGGGAGGCAGGGAGUUCCUGGCGCCGUUCCUCUCAGGUCAGGGCGCGCCCCUCGCGUCGCUGGCCUUUAGCGAGCCGGGCGGCGUGGCAAACUGGCUGGAAAAGGGCGGCAGGGGCCUCAACACGACGGCGCGCCGGCAGCCCGACGGGUCGUGGGCCCUGAACGGGGAGAAGAUGUGGGCGACCAACUGCGCGGGCUGGGACUUUAAGGGCGCCGACCUCACCUGCGUGGUGUGCCGCGACGCGAGCGCCGAGGGGGUCGCGGACGACCCCCGCAGCAAAAUAAUGCUGCUGGUAGUGACACGGGCAGACCUGGACCGCAGCGGCCCCGGGGCCUUCACAGUGUUGCGCCACGUCGAGACGGCGGGCCACACGUCGUGGUCGGGCCCGCACGUGCGCUACACCGACGUGGUCGUGCCGGCCGGGAACCUUCUCUGCGCCGCGUCGCCGUCCGGGCGGGCCGCCGACGCGGUGCUGGGCGCCUUUGACGGGUCGGCCGUGCUGGUGGGCGCCAUGGGCGUAGGCCUGAUGCGGGCCGCCUUUGACGCGGCCCUGGCCUUUGCGCGGGGCUGGGGCAACGGCGGCGGGGCAGAACCCCUGCUGGCACGACAGGCGGCGGCGGACCUGCUGUCAGGGGUCAAGAUGCAGGCCGAGGCGUGCCGGGCGCUGACGUGGAAGGCGGCGCACGCGCUAGAGCGCGGGCCGGGCAGCUACGCGGCGCGGCGGGAGCUGGCGCUGGCGGCAAAGGUGCACUGCAGCGACGCGGCGGUCAGGGCGGUGGUGGACGCCAUGGGCGCGGUCGGGGUGUCCUCGUAUGACAAGAGCCAGCCGUUUGCCAGCCUCCUGAUGGACGCCAUGGCGCUGCCCGUCUUCGACGGCGGCAACGUGGGCAUGAGGAGGCGCGAUUUGCAACAGCUGAUGAUGGAUCCAGAGUACGACGCGUGGGCGGCGACCUACGGGCCCUCCAAGUGACUGGCGUAGCACUGUAGGCUGGGAGCGGGGGCGCUUUUGGUUUCAUUGCGUGUUUGUUGGUCGCAGAGAUCGUCCUUCGGCUGCUCUGGAGGGGCCUGUGCGUUAGAGCGUUGGAGCGUGGAGGCUGGGGGCGGGGAGAGAGUCCACAGCAAGCGCUGUUGGCUCGACACGUCGACAGCGCACGUGCACCCUGAAUUCGUCCCAUCAAAUCGCCAUAUCAAAUCGUCAUCCGCUCGAGCCACCAACAGCGUUUGCCCCACUGAUUAGGAUGGCGGGAAGCUGCAGCUCAAAUCUCAAUUUGGCGGGGACCUUUCCUAUCUGAGCGGGACCUUCCUACCCGUGCCGCAUCUUCCAGCCAACCCCGGCUCUGCUCGACCAACCGGAUUUCGAGCAUCCAGAAGACGCAGGAAGACAGGAGGUGCCACCCCUCGCCAUCUGUGGCAGAAAAAGAAGUCCCAAGCGACAUGUUUCGGACGAGCCACACGGAGCAUUUCGUUGCGGCUAAAAACAUAAACAGAAAAAAAAGGAUGCCAGCCAAACUACGAGUUUCAGCCCGCCCAGCCCUACCUGCACCGUAGAUCAGGACCACGCCAAGCUCGCAGAGACGAC